AGAUUCCCAAUGAACAAUGCUAAUAAUCAACCUUCGAGAACAGAUCGGAAACAGGUCUACGUUUCAGUUGGAAGAGAGUUGCCAAAAAGGCCGUGCAACUGCGUAACCAUCCGCAAUUACAUUCUUUUCUUCUGCUCCAUUGCUUUAAUAAUAGCUCUUCUCUUGCGUCACUUCAUGCCAUACCAGCCAAAAACCUCUGAAACACCUCGACCACCACAAUAUCAAACAAAACUAUCUCAUCACAUGACUCAAGACUUCCUCGACUGGAGAGAGAAAGGAAUCGUCGGACCUGUGAAGGAUCAGGGGAAGUGCAAUGCGUCCUAUGCUUUUGCCGCAAUUGCCGCAAUUGAGUCCAUGUACGCCAAGGCUAAUAAUGGAAAACUUUUGUCGUUUUCGGAGCAGCAGAUUAUUGAUUGUGCCAACUUCACAAACCCAUGCCAGGAGAAUCUAGAAAAUGUUUUAAGUAAUAGAUUCCUUAAGGAAAACGGAGUUGGAACCGAAGCUGACUACCCAUAUGUUGGAAAGGAAAAUGUAGGAAAAUGUGAAUAUGACUCAAGCAAAAUGAAACUUCGACCAACUUACAUAGAUGUGUAUCCUAAUGAAGAGUGGGCAAGAGCUCACAUCACCACGUUCGGAACUGGGUAUUUCAGAAUGAGGAGCCCUCCAUCCUUCUUCCACUACAAAACUGGAAUCUAUAACCCCACCAAGGAAGAAUGCGGGAAUGCCAAUGAAGCUCGAUCGUUGGCAAUUGUUGGUUACGGCAAAGACGGAGCAGAAAAGUAUUGGAUUGUGAAGGGCUCAUUUGGUACUUCAUGGGGAGAGCACGGAUAUAUGAAGUUGGCUAGAAAUGUGAAUGCGUGUGGAAUGGCAGAAUCUAUUUCAAUUCCCAUAAAAUAUAAAUUAUUAUGAUUUGUUGAACAUGGAGUGUGUUCUGUGGGGUCUUCUCAUAAAUCUACUGACUAUAAUUUAAUCUAACCGAAUGUCAUAGUUCUACCAAAACUGACUGGAAACUUUGAAGAACCGAAAAGUAAGUCGAGUCAUAAAUAAUAAUAUUCGGUCAGGUUAGAGUAUAAUGAGUAGAUUUUUGCAAAACCCACAGUAAUAAAUAUC